CCGCUCCGGCCGGAAACUGGCGCUUGUUUCCGGCCGGCCGGCCGAAAGCCACCGAUCCUGAACCAGCCGCCGUAGUCGGAGUGGCAACCGGGUGUGGAGCAGGCAAAAAGCCACUGGGGGAGGCCAGUCCCGAUCAGUCCCGUCUGGCUCAAGCUCUAGAUCCUGUGCGGAGCACCAUCCGCGGUCGCAGUCUCCGCCACCGCCUCCGCCUCCUUCGUCGUCUGGGGAGGGACCGGCCAGACCCCGGGGUCACUGCCGAGGAAUGAGGAGAGGCGGCCGGGCCCCGCGCUCCGCCCCGGCCUAGGGCCUUGCCCCAGGAGCCGCGAGGUGCACCAACCUGUGGGGAAGUCUCAAGACUAUGGCUGGAUUCUCCUCAAGAGCUUAUGGAAUGCAGAAAAUCAGGAUCUGAUCAUACCACUAUACAAGCUGUGUGCUGGGAUAAGGGGAGGCGUGAAGAAAAAAGUAUCUGGGAGUCACCCUUAGACUUCAGGCUGAUUAGGAGUAGACAUUCCCAAAUAGUCACCUGAGUCACCUGUUGCCUUCAAGAAUUAUACUUUUAGCCUUCCUCAAAAGGUGGAGGCCUGAAUUUUGAUCUGUGUCCUACCUGCAUCCAGCUGCCUGAAAGUACUUGAUGAUCACAUGACCCUGGACAUGGAUGCUGUCCUGUCGGAUUUUGUCCGUUCCACAGGAGCAGAGCCAGGACUGGCACGAGAUCUCUUGGAAGGAAAGAAUUGGGAUGUGAGUGCCGCCCUCAGUGAUUUUGAACAGCUGCGUCAAGUCCAUGCUGGGAACCUACCACCAUCCUUUAGUGAAGGGAGUGGUGGCUCCAGAACCCCUGAAAAAGGAUUUUCUGAUAGAGAGUCUACUCGCCCUCCCCGACCCAUCCUACAGCGGCAGGAUGACAUCAUUCAAGAAAAACGCCUGUCUAGGGGCAUCUCCCACGCCAGCUCCAGCAUUGUUUCCCUGGCCCGGUCCCAUGUCUCCUCCAAUGGUGGGGGUGGGGGGAGCAGUGAGCACCCCCUGGAAAUGCCCAUCUGUGCCUUCCAGCUUCCAGAUCUCACUGUGUACAAUGAAGACUUCCGCAGCUUCAUAGAGAGAGACCUCAUUGAGCAGUCCAUGCUGGUUGCCUUGGAACAGGCAGGGCGUUUGAACUGGUGGGUGAGUGUGGACCCCACCUGUCAGAGGCUGCUUCCUUUGGCAACUACUGGAGAUGGGAACUGCCUUCUGCAUGCAGCCUCUCUUGGGAUGUGGGGGUUCCAUGAUCGGGACUUGAUGCUGCGGAAAGCUUUGUAUGCACUGAUGGAGAAGGGAGUCGAGAAGGAAGCAUUGAAAAGGCGCUGGAGAUGGCAGCAAACACAGCAGAAUAAAGAGUCAGGGCUGGUAUACACAGAGGAAGAAUGGCAGAAGGAAUGGAAUGAACUGAUAAAGCUUGCUUCAAGUGAACCCCGAAUGCAUCUAGGUACCAAUGGAACCAACUGUGGUGGGGUGGAGAGUUCAGAGGAGCCUGUAUAUGAGAGCCUAGAAGAGUUCCACGUCUUUGUUCUUGCUCAUGUGCUUAGGAGGCCCAUAGUCGUUGUGGCAGACACCAUGCUGAGGGACUCUGGAGGGGAAGCAUUUGCCCCUAUUCCCUUUGGGGGAAUCUAUCUGCCUUUGGAAGUCCCAGCCAACCAGUGUCACCGCUCCCCUCUGGUGCUUGCCUAUGAUCAGGCCCACUUUUCUGCACUUGUGUCCAUGGAGCAGAAGGAGAAUGCCAAGGAACAAGCUGUGAUCCCACUUACAGAUUCAGAGCAUAAGCUGCUACCCUUGCACUUUGCUGUGGACCCUGGAAAAGGCUGGGAGUGGGGGAAAGAUGACAAUGACAAUGUCCGAUUGGCCAGUGUAAUUCUGUCCCUAGAGGUCAAAUUGCAUCUGCUGCAUAGCUAUAUGAAUGUGAAGUGGAUCCCACUAUCCUCUGAUGCACAGGCUCCUCUGGCUCAGCCUGAGUCCCCCACAGCCUCAGCUGGUGAUGAGCCCCGGUCCACUCCUGAGUCUGGAGACUCAGACAAGGAGUCAGUUGGCAGCAGUUCUACCAGCAAUGAGGGCAGCAGGCGGAAAGAGAAGUCCAAGCGAGAUCGGGAGAAGGACAAAAAGAGAGCAGAUUCUGUGGCUAACAAACUGGGCAGCUUUGGCAAAACCUUGGGCAGCAAGCUCAAGAAAAACAUGGGAGGCCUGAUGCACAGCAAGGGUUCUAAGCCUGGAGGGGUGGGAACGGGGUCAGGGGUAAGCAGUGGCACUGAAACACUGGAGAAGAAGAAGAAAAACUCACUGAAGAGCUGGAAGGGUAGCAAGGAGGAGGCAGCUGGGGAUGGGCCAGUAUCUGAGAAGCCCACAUCUGAGUCUGUUGGUAAUGGAGGGAGCAAGUAUAGCCAGGAGGUGAUGCAAAGCUUGAGCAUUAUGAGGAUUGCAAUGCAAGGGGAGGGGAAGUUUAUUUUUGUUGGAACCCUGAAGAUGGGUCACCGUCACCAGUAUCAGGAGGAGAUGAUCCAGCGCUACCUUUCUGAUGCUGAGGAGAGAUUCCUGGCAGAACAGAAGCAGAAGGAGGCAGAGAGGAAGAUCAUGAAUGGAGGAAUAGGGAGUGGGCCUCCUCCAGCCAAAAAGCCAGAGCCAGAUGGCGGGGAGGAGCAACUGACUGCCACCCCAGCAGAGUCCAAGGCAGUGGCAUUCUCUACUGGCUAUCCUGGGGGCUUUACUAUCCCUCGACCUUCUGGGGGUGGAGUCCACUGCCAGGAACCCCGGAGGCAGUUGGCAGGGGGUCCAUGUGGGGGGGGCCUACCACCAUAUGCUACCUUUCCCAGACAGUGCCCUCCUGGGCGACCCUACCCCCACCAGGACAGCAUCUCUUCUCUGGAGCCAGGCAGUCACUCCAAAGAUGGAGUUCACAGGGGUGCAUUGUUACCAUCCCCCUUCCGCGUGGCUGAUUCCUAUAGCAACGGCUACAGAGAGCCCCCUGAGCCAGAUGGAUGGGCUGGAGGUCCCCAAGGGCUUCCCCCAACCCAGACCAAAUGCAAACAACCGAACUGCAGCUUCUAUGGACACCCUGAGACAAACAACUUCUGCUCCUGCUGUUACAGGGAAGAACUGAGGAGGAGGGAACGUGAACCGGGUGGGGAGCUACUGGUGCACAGGUUCUGAAUGGGUAAAACCUUGGAGGGCAAGGUGGCUAAACAAAGAAGGUUAAGCUCAACUAAUUGGCUCAUCAAGACCCAGCCCCCAUGUUGACGGGACAAAUGCAGUAAUAUUUGUGGGAGCCUGGCUGGAAACUUUUAAGUGUGUCUGCACUGGAGUGUUGCCAGGCUGGCAAGAGCAGGUCAGGGCUGAAUGGCGCCUCAAGGGCUCUACUAUUCCUUUGUAGAGCUUGACUUGAUGGGACUAAGGAGGUACAAGGGGGGAAAGGUGGUGAUUCUAUCUUAUAACCCUUUGGCUCCCAUCCCAGGACCUAAGGAAAAGUAGUAGGGGAAGGAUUUGGGUGUCUGUGGGGGAGGUGGGCAGAAGUCCGGGAGGAGGAAUAGGCAAGGAGGUUCUCAGUAAAAAAAAGAAAAAAAUAGACCAAAGUUUUUUAGGUUGGAAAAAAAGCACAUGGUGGUAGAAUUGGGAGUGUGGAGGGAAUUUGGAAAUUGGACAAAUUUGCUAUUGAUUUGAAUUAAGGUAGAAAUUAGGGUUGUAUAAAUUCUCCUGACAUUUGGAAAGACAAGGCAGUGUGCUUAUGGGUGUUUGUUAGGAGGGAGGGGGUAGUUUAAAUCACAGUUUAUUGAGAUGUGAAAGGGAGGAACUUAAAAGGGGAAUCGUUUUCCUCUUGAGUUUUAUUUCCUUCUAAACAGUCAUCUGUCAUCAGUUCUAGUUUGAGAGGAGAUUGCCCCCUAUCUUUUCCUCAUCCUUUCUGAGGGCUGAGCUCAGCUAAGUUAAGAAGGGUUAUGAUUUUUUUAAAAAAGACUUAUUUAAAAACAAAAAAUUUCCCUUUGGGAAGGGGAAGAGAGUGAUGAGAAGAGCAGCUGUGUGUGUUGACUUUUCUCCAGGUGAAUUGGUGCAGAGGUGAUCUGUUUUUUAACUACUUAGCAAUAACCGUACAUUGGCUUUUGAGUGCAACUUGGAGAGGGAUAGGGGAAUGACACAUUUAGCCAGACUGUUUCAAACAAACCAAAAACCUAAAUAGAGCACUACCAUCCUCUGUGGUAACUGGCUGCUGCAUUUCUGUAGAAAGCAACUUAUUUUAUUAACUAAUUUUUUUUAAAGGAAAAGAAACAAAAAGACCCCAACAAGCAAAAACAUUUUAAAAAGUGAUUUUUUUUCCUACUUAAGUGAUUCUUUCUCCUUUCUCUCUACUUUUGGAGAAUGAACUUAACAUCCUGGCUUCUUUUGUUAAGCCAUAGCUGACCUUAAUCUGUGGUUAGUUUAUUAAAAUAAUAAAAAAAUACUUUGUAAGAAGAGAUAUUUUUGAUAAUAGGACUGAUGUUGAAACAUGGGGUAUGGGUUGGGGCAAUUUAUAAAAAGGUAGUUAGAGAAGUAUAUUUUAGUGAACUAUAACCACAGAUCACAGAUUACUCCCAAUGAGCUGAUCUGUCUUUGGAUUUCUCCCUUUCCCUGGCCCAACCCUGUUCUCUAGGGGGUGGGAGUGGGUUGGGGACACAGUAGGGGGAGCUCCUUUGCAUUUUGCACAAAGCACAAGUCUGGACAGCUUAUGCUCUGGCCAGAGCCAUUUCUAAGAGCUUUAAACUGGAAGACCUAUCCUGGGCCAAUAUUCCUUUUUCUUUAUAUUUUUUCUGGGAAAAUAAAUCAGCUAUGCAAUUGUAUACACUCCUGGGUGCAUAUGAAGAAGGGGAAUAAGUGUACUUAAGUGUCCAGAGUAUUACUAGGGCUGUUUUUCUGUAUUUAGAUUUCUCUUUGAGUUAUGUACUCACAAUCCAUCCCAUGGAAUGUAAUCCCUACAUUUGAUCUAAGGCACACAUGGAUGGGGCAGGGGUAUGUGUGUGCGUGUGUUGGGGGGGACUCAAUUGCAAAUGUUCAUUCUGCCCAGUCUGAAAAGUGUUCAUCCCAUUCUUCCUCAGGAACAAAGCCAGCCAAGACUGGCCUCCUCGCUGGAACUGCUCACAGUUUAGAUAGAUUGCUUUCUCCUCAGCAAACUCAAAAGUCACUUAUUUUCCAAAUCUGAUAGUCUGUUGAUUCAUUCAUUCAUUUCCUAUGGUUAUUCAUUCUUAGGCUUUUAUUUGAAAAUAGAUUGCUUUUAAAGACACAGUGAUGUUCCAAAGGAGGGGAAGUCUCUAUGGGCAGGUCUGGAACCUAAUAUGAGAUGAGCACUCCCCUCAGGUGCAGAAUUUAAGGGGUACCAAAAAAACCGAGUAAUCAAGAUACUUUUUUAAAACUGUGGUAUUUUAAAAAAAUUAAUGUGAAAAAUUCAUGUUGAACAAAAUAGCAGAAUCUUAAAGACAGGAUCUGACAGGACCUUGAUUAGAGUGAGGGAAGUGAGGCUAAAUUGAGCAAGUAUGGGAUGAGUCCUGUCUUUAAAUUUUUGAUACAUUGUUCAUCAUGAAUUUUUUUUACAUUUUUGAGUUUUUAAAAAAAUGUUGCAUUAAAAUAGUAUUUAUCUUGGUUAGUGGGUUUUUUUGGCACCCCUUAAAUUUUGUGCUCAAGGUGAGUGCCUUGCUCACCCCUGACCAACACUGGUGAGACCACUACUGUGUGACACCUCCAUCCCCUAUCACACACCAAACAAGUGGCUCAAACACCCUGAAUUUGCAUGGCUCACCUACCUUUCCCUAAGGCCUAUCAUAGGGUGAUAGGCCUGAACCAAUAGGAAUAGAAACAGACCAGGGUUUUCCCAGAGAAUAAAACCAGAAAAGUCUGAUUCUCCACUGGACUGCUGUGUUUGGAUUUGAUCCUUAGAUUCUAGUUAAUACUUUUGUUUUUAAAAACUAAGGACAAAUGAACAAAAACAGAAACCUUGCAUUGUGUUUGUUUUUGUUUUUAUUUAUAAAUUAGCCAAUCCCAAUUCCUUUGCAUUCUUUUCAAAGAAAAAAAGAUGGAAAUUUUGAUGGGUGGUUUAGGGGUUCAUAUGGCAAAAUAGGGCAUUAGGCCCUAUAGCUUUUUAUUAAGAAAUUAUUUUUUAUUUGGGAAGGUAACUAUUUAUUGAGGCUUUGAAAAGCUUCUCCAUUUUAAAGAUGAUGGACCCUGAGACAAUGGAUAUCUUUUUAUAAUGGAUAGUGAAGUUUGUUUUGCUUUAUUUUGGGGGGAGGGUUUGAGUGGGAUGGGAGGUAAAGGCAUAAUGCCUGGGAAAUGAAGACAGACUCAGAUCAGCUGUGGUAUUUUGGGAAGAUUUGGGGGUGGAAGAGGCAAGCCCAUGCAGUUACUGUGUUGGGGAGAAAGAAAGAAGGGGUAUGUUGUAUGCACUCAAAAUGAGCAAAAAUUCCUUAGUUAAGGAGGGGUAUGUGAGUGAAAGGGGAAAGGUAGAUGCUGUAACCCUAUAUGAGGGAUGAUAAUCAUCUCUCAGGCUUAAAUUUAAGUGCACUUAGUUCCUUUAAUCCAAGGCAUCUGCAGUUCCUACUGAAGUUUUUAAUGAAAGGGGGAGAUAUUCAUGGUUCUUAUUUUUCCCCUUUUAAGACAGUGCUACCCUCCCUGCUACAUUCUCUACCCCAUCUCCAAUGGAGCAAGUAUACUAAGGAUUGGUCUCUGAAUCUCUUCCUUACCCUAUGCUGGUUUUAUUGAAAGUUACAAGAUUUAACCAAAAGUUUUACCCCCAUACUGGUUUUUAUCAAAUAAAAAGAUUAUAUAAAAACAAUUUUUUUAAAGGUUCAAUCUCUUUAAGGCAUGGGGAUAGUGUUAAACAGUGCUGUACAGGGCCUUGGAAGUACCUUCCCUCUAUUGGCUCAGUUUCUUCUCAAGCAAAACUAAAGCCCACAGACUACUAAAAAAUUAGAAGUGAUUUCAAAUUGUGUGUUUGGGAGGUGAUACUGAGCCCAAAAGAAUGAAGCGGGUUGUGAAUGAAUUCUGAGAACCUAGCUUUUGCCAUUCAUACUUCUUUUAACCAUGUGUCCAAGGUUCUAGUCAUUUUUUCCUCAAUAAAGGAGUAUUUCAGAGAUGAUUGUCCUUAAGUUACUCAGUCACCUCUAGACUCUGUGUCCUUUCUCCAAGGAGUCAGUGCUGCAGAUAUAGAGCCACAGGUGAGAAGACAGAAUUAGAAGCCCCUAGAAUCACCUGCACCCCAGAUUUUUCUAAUUUCCUUUUUUCCCUCCAGGCCUUUCAACUGCAGAUUCAGAUGAGUCAUACAGGCACUCUGUUUCUUGUACUUUGCAGAUACUCAGUCUGCAAAUCACGUGGUGUCCCACACACACACACACACACACACACACACACUGAAGUUGAUUAACAAAAUGUUUAUUAUGAUGUCCCCAUAUAGACUUUGUUUGAGCCACCUCCCUUUAUCGGCCACAUGCAUAAGGGGAAGUAGAAAAGAACAACGGAAGCUGGCUGGCAGCAGCUGGGAGGAGUGGGGAUGGGAAGGACCUUGGCCUCUUUCUGUGCUUAUAACUGGAUCUGUGACUCAUCUUGUGAGUCACUCAGCUCCACCUCCCUCCUCCAGCUACCCCUCCUAGCAGCCUUCACUCCUGGCACAAACCUGCAGCCAGACAAGGAUUCUGAAAAUGGAAAAAUCUGAUACAGCCCCUUGCCUCUCCACCCUUCCUUUCAUCCAGUAAACGUCUACUGAGUGUGAGUUGGGGAUGGUGAGAGAUAGUCUUCCUGUUAUUAACCCUCAGCUACUGCCCCUUUGCAUUCCUGGUUAGGUGCUGAUCCAAAUCACCCAAUUUAUUUCUCCCUCUGAUUCCCCCCCCAUCCCCUGAUGGUUUUUUUCCCCUCUGUAUUCCUCCAUUGUUUCCAUACCUCCAAGUAUUAAAGAAUAGAAUGAGGCUCUUGAAUAAAGGGUUGUGGGGAGAAGGAAAGUGGGUAACGGGAUUUUAAAAUUGUGGUAUACACCUCCUACUGUAAUCUAUUUUCUUAUUACAGCAGACCCUGGAAAGUAUUUUCUUCCCCCAAAAAGCUGAGGCCCAUAGAAUGCAGGGGGUUGAAGUGGGAUGAUGGUGCUCGGUGGCCUUUAGGACUUCGAGAAUAAGGCUUCUGGGCCACCUUCCUAGCAGGUGUAUACCUCUUUGUUCCAGACUGACUUCCUGUCUCACAAUACUUCACUAUUUCCACAGGUGCAGCCAAGACAGGGAACUUUAAAAGCUGAGGCCAGAAGGGUGUGUGCGCUGGGGAAAUGGGAGGGUUGAAUGUCACUCUGGAAAACUGGGGUCCCCCACCCAAGGAUUGCUGCCUCUGUAGACUCAAAAACAAUAAAACAGCAGCUCAUUAACUCUUA